UUCCUGACUCUUACGGGCACUGCAAGCAUGGCACUCUGCUGGAUGCUACGACUGAUCGUGGCCCUGGCAUACCUGACACAGCGGUCCGCGUCUACAACAGGUGCGAGUCCGGCUCACAGUGGUGAAGUUUGCAGCACAUGGGGUAACUUCCAUUACAAGACAUUUGACGGGGAUUUCUUCCAGCUGCCCUCCUCCUGUAACUACAUACUAGCGUCUCUGUGCGAGGACCCCAGUGACCUCAACAUCCAGCUCAGGAGGGUCGUACAGAACAGCCAACCCACCAUCACGGCACUCUUCAUGAAGCUGGAGGGAGUCGCUAUACAAAUCUCCGAUGAGUCCAUCACCAUAGAUAACGAGAAAGUCAACCUGCCUUUCUCUGCCUAUGGACUCCAUAUUGAGAAAACAGAGUCCCACCUGAAGAUCACAGGAAAACUCGGAGUGGUCCUCACCUGGAAGAAAGACGACUCUGUCUCGGUGGAGCUGGCAGCCAAGCACAGAAACAAAACAUGCGGGCUUUGUGGAGACUUCAAUGGUGUCAAGAUCUUUGAUGAGUUCAUUGAAAAUGAUGAGAGACUGGAAGUUGCUGAUUAUGGUAGCAAAUGGAAAAAAGAUGGCCCAACUGAGUCCUGUGAGGAAGUUGAUCUUAGGCCGAAGGAUGAAUGCCAAAAUGCGACGGACAUAUGUAGAAGGUGGCUUACGCUUCCUGCGUUCAGCAGCUGCCAGUCGCUGGUCCCCGUGCAGCAGUACGUGGAUGCGUGCGAGAAGGACGUGUGUCAGUGCAACAGCAGCAGGGAGGUGUGCAUGUGCGACACGCUCGCCGAGUUCUCACGCCAGUGCGGCCACGCCGGGGGGAAACCCCAAGAGUGGAGGACCCCUGACUUCUGCAGUACGUAACCAUUUCCUACAGUAGACCAAAGACA